UCUGUAUUUUCCUAAUUAUAGAUUUGUAAUUAACUUGUCUGGAAUAGUUCGAAUUAACCAAUCAAGUGAUUGUGCGCGGUUUGAAUUUUGCAGAGGGAAUUUGUAACUGUCAGAUUAUUACACCCAAAAUUUGUUUAAUUACGCGGAAAUUGUUUAUAAAUAGUGUUCGAAAAAAAUACAAACAUAAAAAAUGCCUUGUGAAAUGAUAACGUUGCAGUUAGGCCAAUGCGGCAAUCAAAUUGGGUUCGAAUUUUGGAAACGUCUUUGUGCCGAACACGGCAUUAAUCCGGAGGGAAUACUCGAGGAUUAUGCUACAGAAGGUAUCGAUAGGAAAGAUGUCUUUUUCUACCAAGCCGACGAUGAGCAUUAUAUCCCUCGAGCAGUGCUAUUGGAUUUGGAACCCAGGGUAAUAAACACUAUCCUAAACUCUCCAUAUUCGAAACUGUACAAUCAAGAAAACGUUUUCCUGUCCAAAAAUGGAGGCGGUGCUGGUAAUAAUUGGGCUUCUGGUUUCUCGCAAGGUGAAAAGUUAAACGAGGAAAUUUUCGAUAUCAUCGAUAGGGAAGCUGAAGGUAGCGAUAGCUUGGAAGGCUUUGUUCUGUGUCAUUCAAUCGCGGGUGGUACAGGAUCUGGUAUGGGUUCGAAUAUUUUGGAGAAAUUGUCUGACAGAUUUCCCAAGAAAUUGGUACAAACAUACAGCGUGUUUCCGAAUUUGGAUGAGAUAAGUGAUGUUGUGGUCCAGCCUUAUAAUUCGCUACUGACGCUGAAAAGGCUCACAGAAUCUGCAGAUUCUGUAGUUGUACUGGAUAAUACAGCUUUAAAUCGAAUAGCUGCUGAUCGAUUAAGAAUUCAAAACCCCACCUUCACUCAAAUUAAUAGUCUUGUUAGUACUAUCAUGUCUGUCUCGACGACCACUUUGCGGUAUCCAUCUUAUAUGAACAACGAUUUGAUGGGUCUCUUGGCACCAUUGAUCCCUACUCCUCGGUUACAUUUCCUCAUGACGGGGUAUACCCCGCUAUCGACGGAUACCGAUGAGGUCAGCGUCAGGAAAACUACUGUAUUGGAUGUGAUGAGGAGAUUACUGCAACCGAAGAAUAUGAUGGUGUCGACGGGGCAGGACAGGAACUCGCAACAUUGUUUUAUUUCCAUACUGAAUAUUAUCCAGGGUGAAGUGGAUCCGACACAAGUACACAAGUCCCUCCAACGCAUCCGCGAGAGGAAACUUGCGCAAUUCAUCCCAUGGGGGCCAGCUAGUAUCCAGGUGGCUCUUUCCAGGAAGUCUCCUUACAUACAGUCGGCUCAUAGGGUAUCCGGGCUCAUGUUGGCCAAUCACACGAACAUCAGCUCUCUGUUCGAUCGUGCCCUGACCCAAUACGACAAGCUGAGAAAACGGGAGGCGUUCUUGGACCAGUUCCGCAAGGAGGACAUGUUCAAGGAGAACCUGGACGAGCUGGACUCUAGCAGAGAGGUCGUACAGGACCUCGUAGACGAGUACAUCGCCGCCACCCAAGAAAACUACUGUACUUGGGAACAGGCUUGAAGGACGAAAGGGGCAAUUUUGCGGUGUUUUGUCCAGUUGGUAGGUAAAUCACUUUGUCUUGGAAAUGUAUUUAUUUUCGUACUGUGAAUCUGUUAAUGUUUUGAAGAAAACGAAGGUUUUUCGUUGCCGAACUUUACAAACAAAAGAAAUGGUUCGUGAAAUGUUCGUAGUUGUUGUAAAAAUUAAUAAAUUAAUUUGUUACAAGGUGAAAUGUGAACGGCAGUUAUUUGUAUAAUUUUUUUUAAAAUUUGAAUGAAAUAUAAAAACAUGUUGAUGAUUAGAAAUUAAUUUUGAAGCACUAAAUUGAAUUUAUACGAAUCUCAAGGUCCGCGUUGAGAUUUUAUUAUUUAUGUUUGUGCCAUAUUUAAUAUUUUUUUUAAUAAGAGAUUUAAGCCACUCUUUUCUUUAACAAAAUGUUGUUCCAUUAGUAUAUUUUGUACAUGUUUUGUAUUCUUGAUUAUGUAGAACGAACAAGAGUGUUGUGUGUCAAAAUGCUCGUCAUCGCCCACAGUUUUAGUCGAGUUUAUACUGUCGUUGUCCAGAGUCGCUCCAAUCUAAGGACGUUUGAAUUAAAAUGAAACGGAUUUUCUCACACUUCUGUUGAAAUUAAACGGUAACCGUCGAAAUCCAAUUAUUUUGUCGGCGGCGUGUCAAGGGGGAACAUCCGAGUAGAGUAGAGAAAAAUUAGGUGAAUUUUUGGAAUUAUUGUCACAAAAACUAUCCGUUUGUUUUAUUCGAAAGUAUACAUGUUGAGAUAUGCUGACAAAUUUCUUUAUAAAUAUGUAUUGGCUGGGAGCACUGGCGUCAUGGCUGGCGUAAAAAAUCUCCCUUGCUCACACAGUCUGCGGUUUUCAAGAUUACAUGCGGUCGGUUGAUCGGAAACAAAAAUUUCAAAAAGAUUCUUUAAACUAUAAUGUAUGAUGCCCUUCGCAACGUACGACUUAAAAAAAAAAAAAAUUUCAGGAGGAAGUGGUUGAUUGAACUUUAUAUUCAUUUUUCAACCUUAAUUUCCAACCUUUCUGGCUUGAUUAAAAAAAAAUAAGUGAAAAAAAAUCCUACGUUCCAAAAUAGAAAAUCUGUUCAAAAAUAUUGUGUCAAAUUUUGGAAGCAAUCGGUCGAGCCGUUUUCCGAAUAUUUUGGGAACCGUCUAGAACCGAAUAGUUUGUUACGAGAUAAUCUCGUUUAAAUUUUGGCAAAGAAUUGAUGCGUUUCGUAACUCUGUCGCUCGUCAGCUUCUCGGUAAAUCGUCCAUAACUUUUACAGUUCUUCAAAUAUCAAAAUAAAAUGUAUACACUAUAUUCUUCAUAUUCCAAACCUGAACAAUUUUUUUUGGAAAAGUCAAUUUUUGUAUAAUAAUUUACAUAUUGAGAAAACUUUUUUUAUUUUACCAUUAAUCUACAAUUCCUGGACCAUAAAGUAGGCCUUUGGCAGCAUCUUCUGCUUUGAUCCGAUGAAUCCUCCCUUCGCAGGCUGUCGCGAGUUUUGACUUUGUCGACACACAUGCUUUACGAUGAACAAAAAAAAAUUGAAAAAGAACUUUUUUUCAUUCAUCGGAUGUUCCUCCUUUAAGGGUUCAACUACUUUGCCCAUUUGGCUAAUUCUGUGUCUCCAGUAGUAAUAAGGAUGCCUUGUUAGAGGAAACACUGUAUAUGGAACAAAUGUACAGGGUGUCCCAAUUUUAACACUUUUGGUGGGUUUCUGACGUUCGCCGAGGAAAUAGACAGAAAGUAGCUGUCUCAGGUUUGAUUUUUGAAAAAUGAGCGACCACCACUGCAUCUCUAUCCAACAGAAUUUGAAAUCGCGUCGCACUAAAUAAAAUUACCUUCUUGUACUUUCGUAAAUAGAAAAAAUUGGUAGGGCCACAGUGAUUUUGAGCAUUGUUUAAAUUUUCUGUAUUACAGUGACUAAAGACUUUAGGGUUAAAUCUCUAAAGGAGAGAAGGCAUUAGGUGGAGAGUGGAGUUCCUUCCCGUGUUUUACAAUGUAUGCAUUCGCAGUAGAUGUUCCCGAGAUCGUCACGCUCGCAUAGCGUUCUCCACCAAUCUUUUCCAAAGAAUCUUGGGAGACCACGAUGCGAUCGAGACGAGCUUCCUCUUUCAUAUAACCCAUUUUUUAACUAGUAAAACAAUACCUCAACUAUUUAAAGAAGGGUGCCAGCAGGAUUGUGUACGAUUGCCAAAUGCGACUGAUUUUGUAAAAGACCGCGAUCAGCUCAGCCCAGAUCGGACCGCGAUGCGAUGGGACCGCGACCGCCCGAUGCGUUCUCUGCUUAAGGCUUCAGAGUUAAAUCUCUACACACUCUGUAUUUCUUAAGAAAAUGAUUUCUGUUAGAUUUUUCUUAUAAAUUGCAGGCAAGAUUUUUAAUUACCAUCUAAAUGUUUCGAUCCAGCCAAAUAUUUAAAGACGCCGAGAAACAAAACGGUACUCAUUCGACAGUUUAGAACUCCUUAAAACGAUGGGCAAUGACAGUUAUUAGGUGUAAUUUUCCUGUUUCUAUAUGCUCUGGCAAGGGAUUGCCGUGUAUAGUGUAGCUCUCUGUAAGCAUGUGUAUGAUGUUUUGUAAAUAAAGUAAUCUAUAUUAUAGUCAACAGUUAACACUUUAAGUUGUUACUUCUCAUUUGAUAUUAUUUAAUUUAGUUAAUUGUUUUAGCGUAUAGAUUUUCGUAAAUAAAUUAUAAAUUACAA